AUGACAGAUCUAUACGAUGACGUGCCGAUUGUUCCGUCAGAAUCAUCGAUAGUUUCACCAAUGGAUUAUUGUAUUUGUUUCCAAGGCUGGAACGAUGUUGCGGUUUGGAGGGAUUUCAAACCGAUAUACAUCUCAGAAGAUAUAUGGCCGCACUAUAUUGAGCACGUGACGUCUGAGCGGGUCACCCGACGCUCACAGUCCGGUGCUAGCAACCAGAAUCGGCCAAUUCAUGGCGGGGUGACAACACACACUGGCGGUUCCGUUUCGUUUGCUGUAUAUGCGAAACGGAUGGCUGCGUCUCUUGAACGUGAGCCGAGCCUGAUGGAGCUGUUUGUGGAGACGCACGUGCGAAGUCAAGACCGCCAGAAGGGGGUGCAACAGUUCGUUGAUAACCGUGCUCAACAUUUCAUGGUAUACCUAUAAUAAUCGGUUGAGGGAGAGAUACGGGGACGAUAUUUUGACCCAUCCAGAAUUCGAUCUGGAUUUGUGGAUGGAGGUUGGCUCGUCAAAU